CGAGUGCGUGUCCCCCGCUGCCACACACACACACGGGCACACGCACACACGCACGGCAGCCCGGGAGGGGCAGGCGCCUCCUCCCCGCAGCCUUAAAACCGGCCAAGUCCCCCCCGGCGGGGCGCAGCGGCGGCUCCCGGCGAGCUGCAGCCCCCGACGGGGCGACCCGGCCCCGGGAUGCACCCGAACGGUUCUGCCCCCGGCGACCCCCCCGGCCCGCAGCCCAGCGCCUUUACCAACGCCUCCAACCGCUCCGACCCGCUGCUCCCCAAAGGGCCCGACGAGGAGGACCUGGACGUCAACACGGACAUCUACUCCAAAGUCAUGGUGACCGUCAUCUACCUGGCUCUCUUCUUGGUGGGCACCGUGGGCAACUCCAUCACGGCGUACACGCUGGUGCGCAAGAAGUCGCUGCAGAACCUGCAGAGCACCGUGCACUACCACCUGGCCAGCCUCGCCUUCUCCGACCUCCUCAUCUUCCUCCUCUGCAUGCCCAUCGAGCUCUACAACUUCAUCUGGGUCCACCACCCCUGGGCUUUCGGGGGGGCCGUCUGCAAGGGCUACUAUUUCCUGCGGGACGCCUGCACCUACGCCACGGCGCUCAACAUCGCCAGCCUCAGCGUGGAGCGCUACAUGGCCAUCUGCCACCCCUUCAAAGCCAAGAGCAUCAUGUCCCGCAGCCGCACCAAGAAGUUCAUCAGCUGCAUCUGGAUUGCCUCCUUCCUCCUCGCCAUCCCCAUGAUCUUCACCAUGGGGGAGAUCUACUUCAAGAACCAAGAUCCGGACUCCCUCGUCUGCACCACCAUCGUGGACGCCUCCACGCUGAAGACGGUCAUCCAGGUCAACACUUUCAUCUCCUUCGUGUUCCCCAUGGUCGUCAUUUCCGUGCUCAACACCAUCAUCGCCAACCAGCUCCUGGUCAUGUUCAAGCAGGCAGCCCAGGAAAACCAGGUGUGCACCAUCGGCGGGCAGCAGACGAUGCUCAGCAUGUCCAUGGAGCCUGGCCGUGUGCAAGCCCUGAAGCACGGCGUCAGGGUCCUGCGUGCUGUGGUGAUUGCCUUUGUGGUGUGCUGGCUCCCCUACCACAUACGGCGCCUCAUGUUUUGCUACAUCCCCUCCAGCCACUGGACAGAUUUCCUUUACAACUUCUACCACUACUUCUACAUGCUGACCAACGUCCUCUUCUACGUCAGCUCGGCCAUCAACCCCAUCCUGUACAACCUGGUGUCUGCAAACUUCCGACAGAUCUUCCUCUCUACGCUCACGCUCCUGUGCCUGCCGUGGAGGAAGAAGAAAAAACGACUGGCCUUCACCAGGAAAUCCAACAGCAUCUCCAGCAACCACACGUUUUCCAGCCAGGUCACAAGGGAAACAACAUACUGAAGCCAAAGGAGGAAGGGAAAUGCAUUUAUUUCAUCGUGGAGUCAAAACUUGAGAGAGGCCUCUGACUUUCAGGCAUGGUCUCCAAUUCACGUAACACAAGUGUGUUUAGCAAAGUCGUUUUUGUUGGAAAAAUAGGCUUCGUUCUGCCAGUAACUUUGAGGUUAUUUUAACGCGUUGGCCUUGCCUCUUGUGAGUAAUGUCUACACAUUUUGUAACUUCAGUCUGGCAUAAAUCCAGGUGCAGUGCUAACUGGGAAGCCAAUAUAUGUUAAACGUAAGCAAAUUCAUACUGCAUUUCAUCCUUUUCUCAAGGCAGAGAUGCCAAUUCCAUAUCCAAGGGUUCGAGAUCACAUCUCUUGGUGGCAGCAAGCAGAGUCUAACGAGCAGAAAGCAGUUUCAAACAGAAAGGGAUGUUUUUGGUGAAGGGGCGUGCUCAUCUAUGGGAUGUUCAAUGAGCAAGGAGUGAAAACUCAGGGAGCCAGGUGGUGGGUUUAGAAAUAGAUCUAAAUUCUUAUGAAUAUGACCUGGGUGCUCAAUAGAGCCGCUCUGGUUCCUUGAACUUAAAUACCGACAGAUGAUGCCUUACUUAGAUUGGGAUGGGAGUAGCCUGGGAUCAUCGUUCACUUUAGGGCGUGUAUAGUGCCUGGCACAGCGAGCCCCGCUCUCCCUGCUUUGGGUAUUGCAACACCAGUAAGUAACAGAGUCUCUGGCAAAGCUGGGAAUGCAGAAACUGUGCCCAGCUGGAGUGCUGCAAAUGAACAGAAAUGGAAAAUCUUACUUAUGCCACACAGCCAAACCCUGCUUUUUCUGCCAGGGAAAUCACUUAGCUGGCCUGCACUAAGAGGUGAGAAAGCUGCAGGCUCCUGCGGGCUCCAGUCUGCUGAGAUAAGAGCAACCUGCCCCAUUUCUGUGGGACUCUCAGAUUUUUCACAUUCUGGUUCCAGUUUUACUUGUUUCUGCACUAUUUUCACACAGCUGACAUUUCAUGGGUUAUCAGUUGUAGGCGGUAGGGCCUCUUUUUCUACCUUUUCUUUUAUUUCUUUUUGCUACCAAACCUAUUGGCAUACUGAUCUGCACAUACACAUCUUCAGAUAGUGCAAAUGAAGAACACAGGAUGGUCUAAGCUGGGGAGUCUUAGCUCUAAAACAACUUUCUUUUAACAAGUCAGAGGAAUGGCAGCGAGAGCUGUUUGCAGCAAAUCCGACAGUUUGGGACAGUCAGAGGUUGUGCUGAACUCUGACUAUGAGCAUGCUCUAAAAAUAAAAUAGGAUCAAAAUAAGAGAAUAUAAAGCUUAUCUUCUCUUCCCCUUCUUUCUUCCCCUUGAUUUUUGCUUUGAAUUUGAAAUUUCUCAGCUGGCCAGGAUGGAUAGCAUGAGGUUUUCUCCCAUGUGGUUCCACCUCUAACAGCCAACUGGGAAAUGCAACAAAUUCUCUUGAGCCUUUAGCACCAGAAGUCACGGGUCCCUGGGUCAAAGCUAAAGGGACUUCCCUGCUGCCACAGCACCA